AUGAAAAUCAAGUCUCUGACGAGAACAUCCGCGCCUCCGGGCGACGGGGCUGUUCGACAACCUCGAAACCUCGAUCCUGCUCACCAUCCCUUCGAACGUGCCAGAGAGUAUACGAGAGCGCUCAAUGCGGUCAAAAUGGAACGGAUGUUUGCUGCGCCAUUUGUGGGCCAGUUAGGCGACGGCCAUGUAGACGGAGUUUAUUCCAUGGCGAAGGAUCCCGGUUCUCUCGAAAGAUUUGCCAGCGGGAGCGGAGAUGGAGUUGUAAAAGUAUGGGACCUGACCAGUCGCGAGGAAGUCUGGAAUACAAGAGCUCAUGACAACGUUGUCAGAGGAUUGUGUUGGACUCCAGAGCGAAAACUGCUUUCUUGUGCCACGGAUAAAACUGUCAAGGUCUGGGAUCCAUACAACGGCGAGAAAAAGGGCCUUCCACUGGCAACUUACCUUGGACAAGGCGCAUUCACGGAUAUUUCACAUCAUCGCGAUCGUCCCACGUUUGCUGCAUCUUCCAGUACAAUCUCCAUCUACGACCUCUCCCGGCCGUCGUCCGGCCCCAGUCAAGUGCUGCGAUGGCCAACCUCUACGGACACUAUCACCGCCGUUUCCUUCAAUCAAACCGAAACCUCGAUACUUGCUUCCGCCGCCCUCGACAGAGCGAUUGUGCUCUACGAUCUGCGGACAUCAUCACCGGUGUCAAAAGCCAUCCUAAGACUCGCUUCCAAUGCGAUAUCUUGGAAUCCUAUGGAAGCUUUCAAUUUUGCUGCAGCAAACGAGGAUCACAACAUCUAUAUAUUUGACAUGCGGAAACUGGACAGGGCUCUCAAUGUCUUGAAAGAUCACGUGGCCGCCGUGAUGGAUGUUGAGUUUAGCCCGACAGGAGAAGAGUUGGUAAGCGCGUCAUAUGACCGGACAAUCCGCUUGUGGAAUAGGGAUCGAGGGCAUUCCCGGGAUAUCUACCACACCAAGCGGAUGCAGCGAGUAUUCUCGGUACGAUUCACUGCGGACAAUAAAUACGUCUUAUCUGGGUCGGAUGACGGCAACGUGAGAUUAUGGAGGGUUAAUGCCUCAGAUCGAAGUGGAGUCAAAUCAGCAAGACAACGACAGAAACUCGAAUAUGAUCAGGCCCUGGUUCGAAGGUAUGCACACAUGCCAGAAAUCCGGCGAAUCAAACGGCACCGACAUCUACCAAAGACCAUCAAGAAGGCAACGGAAAUUAAAGGAGAAGAACUAAAAUCAAUCAAGAGGAAAGAGGAGAAUGUUCGGAAGCACAGCAAGAAAGGCAGCAUGCCUCGCCAAAGCGAAAGAGAGAAGAUGAUCCUGGGGACAGAGAAAUGA